CCAACAAUCAUUCUCGUCCACGGCGCCUGGCACGCCCCCGCCGCCUACCAGCCCUUCAUUUCCGUCCUCGAAUCCCACGGCUUCACCGUCCAUGCCCCCCUCCUCCCCAGCUGCGCUCACUCCCUCACCUCCACCCAAACCCAACUACCCUCUCUCCCCGACGAUGUCACCUGCAUACGCAACCUCAUCACCACCCUCACCAACCAAGGCCACCGCAUCCUCAUGCUCCUGCACUCCUACGGCGGCAUCGUCGGCACCGACGCCAUCACUCGCGAUCUGACCUACCCGGAUCGCCAAUCCCGUGGUCAACCCGGCGGAGUCCUCCACCCCACCUAUCUCUACGCUAAUAUGCUUCUCCCGGGGGGGGGGGGGGGGAGUAUCAGGAAAACGGUCCAAGACGCAGGCAUGGAUCAUCUCUGGGGAGAGGAUCCCAUCGCGCAGUUGUUUAAUACGGUUGAGACGAAAGAGGCGGAGGAGGCAGUGAGGCAUCUGGUGCGGUUUCCGUAUGAGGCGUGUACGGCGGAGUCGGUGGGGGAGGCGUGGAGGUAUAUUCCUGUGACGUAUGUGUUUACGGAGCGGGAUUAUACGGUGCCCAAGGAGUGGCAGGAUCGGAUGGUGCAGAAGGUCAGGGGGGCAGGGGGCCGAUGUGAAGACCCUGGUGUUGGAUUCGUGUCAUUCGCCGUUUUUGUCGAGGAAGGGGGACUUGCUGCAGGUGGUGCUGGAUGCAGCGGGUGA